UAAAAUGCAGCACGCGAGAAAUGGCGGGAAUGUUUUGGCGAAUAGGGACUGUGCUAGGUUUCUUCCUCUAUUCUCCCUCUUCUUCUUUUGCUUAUAGAAGGUUUCAUUUCGCUUCCGAGAGACGGAGCUUAGGUUUUGCCCCUGGAAUGGCGAAGAGGAAGAAAACUAGGGUUUCUGAUGACGCUGAUGGGGAGCACCACGGAAACCAGGAGGAUCUCAGCCAAUCUCCGAAGAAAGAGAAGAGUUUGUAUGAGAUUCUUGGUGUGGAGAGAACAGCAUCACAACAGGAAAUUAAAAAAGCAUAUUAUAAAUUGGCGUUGCGCUUACAUCCAGAUAAGAACCCUGGAGAUGAGGAAGCCAAAGAGAAAUUUCAGCAACUACAGAAGGUGAUAUCUAUUCUUGGAGAUGAAGAGAAAAGGGCACUAUAUGAUCAAACUGGUUGUAUUGAUGAUGCUGACCUUGCAGGGGAAGUUGCUCAAAAUCUGCAUGACUAUUUCAGAACAAUGUACAAAAAGGUCACAGAAGCUGAUAUUGAAGAGUUUGAAGCAAACUACCGAGGGUCUGAUUCAGAGAAGAAUGAUUUGAAGGAUCUUUUUCAGAAGUACAAGGGCAAAAUGAACAGGCUUUUCUGUUCGAUGCUCUGUUCAGAUCCUAAACUGGAUUCACACAGGUUCAAGGAUAUUCUUGAUGAGGCUAUAGCUGCAGGAGAGCUUAAAACAACCAAAGCCUACCAGAAGUGGGCAAAGCAAAUAGCUGAAACAGAGCCACCUACUGAUCCUCUAAAACGAAGAAAAAAAUCAAAUAAAGAGUCUGAAUCAGAGUUGCUCGCAGUUAUUUCUCAACGACGAAGCCAGAGGAAAGAACAAUUUGAUUCCAUGUUCUCAUCACUGAUGGCMAAAUAUAAUGGCGGUGCAUCACAUCCAGAGCCCACCGAAGAGGAAUUUGAAGCAGCAAGGAAGAAGGUUGAAAGCCGUAAGCAAUCCAAGAAGACAAAGCACAAGUGAACGGCUUGUCUCAGCGUCUUUCUUAUAGAAAAAAUUUGCUACUGAAAGAAUGUGUAAAAUCGUGGCUAUUGUAGGGAUGACUCUCCAAUGUCUUUAAAUCUGUUUAUUUGGCGUUGUGAAAGCACGGCAUCGAUCAUAUUCAGUGAGUGCAAUCUUGUGCCUAGGCUCUGAUUUGUUUUGUAAUGCAAUUUCAUUUGCACAAAACCCAAUCCACUUAUGCUUCAAUUA